AUGCAAAAUCUGAGACAGACCUCAGCCAAGCUCCGGAGCGAGCUCCGGCGUCGUUCCCUGUGGUUUGAUGGCGCCAACCGCCAUGGGAACGACCCUUCCCUGGUCUUGGCAGCUGUGUGUGCAGGUUUGUUCCCGAACUUGGCAUUCCGUCCAAAGCGGGGAAAGCUGAAAGUGAACUACGGUCAGCUGGAAGCUGUGCCACACCCAUCCAGCGCCAUCUUUGACACUGACCCUGAAGGAGCUGGGCCAGGUGCAUUCGAUUCGACGGCCGCAGGUGGGUCCUGGCUUUGCUUCAAUGAACUGAGCCAGGUCGAGGAGCACUAUUCUCUCUCUGGAGUUUCACCAGCUAGGAGUAGCGUUCUCCUGCUACUUUGCGGAGAAGGUCCACUUCGGGAAGCGGACCUCGGUGACCCCGAGGCCUCACCAGUGAGCGAUGCCGCUAUCUCCCAAUGGUGGUCGGCACAACUGGGCGAAGCGGUCGAAGAGAUCGACAGAGACGAGGACGUGAAGGUCUCGCUGACCGAGCUGGGCACCUGGGUGGCGUUCCGCAUGCCGCUCCAGACCGCCCGGCGUUUGCAGGGGCUGCGAGAGAUGCUCCGUUUGGUCUUCCGGCUCUUCUGCAGUGAUGAGCAGCGCUUUCAUCAGCUGGUGGCAGAGGGUGAGGUUGGUGCCACCGUGCUGGAGUUGGCAGCCAGCUUGUUGAAAGCCGAAGGCGGCCAAGAUGGAAGGCGCACGAGCGGGACUUCCACACGCCCUCGAGGACGAGGGCGAGGAGCAGGACGCUCAGGAAAAGAUGAUCGAGAUGGAGGUGACUUUUUGUGUGGGGACGAGAAAGAAGCCAUAGCAAGCGAUGGACGUUUGGGCGACCUCAAGCAUACAGACCAGCACGGGAGGUAG